AUGGUCGCUCUCUCAGCUUUGACCAAUCUGAUCAAUGCGAUAGGUAUUUCCAUUGCGAGUGCCGCUCCGCCUCCUGCUAGAUCCAUCCAACCCAGGGAUUGCCUUGCCUCUACACCCCUCCCACGGAGUAUCACACCAGAAGGUUGUUACGACACAGUCAAAGUCGGCUGGGGCGAUGUUGUGGUCAACCGAACUAUCAAUAUAUGUUAUCCGUACUUGGAGCCCACGUGUGAGAGAAUCGCCAAAGCUACGCUUGCAAAAUGGAUGGAUUUCUGUGAGCAGUGGGACGCAACAGGUCAUAAUGUGGUCAAAACCUGUCAGUGGAAAAAGAACAAACCGUACACCACUUACAAAGAUGCUCCCAAGCAUGACGACCGUCAGAACAUGCCUUAUAGAGUGCCAGGUCCCUUACGAUGUUGCCCACCGCCAUAUGAAGGGAUGGAUGUGGCAAAAUUCUACAUGCACAAUAGUUUGUGUAGGAUGUGGAGGGUCAAAAAUGAUGGAGAAUACCGGUUUUACUCCCAGAACUUCCCAUUGUACGGGAUAUUCGACGAGAAGUACAACUACGAAAACAUGAACAUCUGGUCCUAUGACGAUCAAACAGACACUUCCGAUCACAUUACCCUCCUGGAUGAAAAAGCGAGGGAGGAUCUCAAAACCGACUACUUCCCCCUGACACUGAAAGAACUGAUCGACGAAGAGAACGAGGAAAAGAAGACUGAGAAGAAGCACCACCAUCUCUCGCCGUUCUACUAA